AUGUCGGCCUCGGAAUUGCUGGAGGUUGCUGACCCGCGGCGGGAGCCUCGGGAAGCUCUCCUCAACACCUCGUCUAUCAGCGAUCUCAUCAGUGCAUCCGUCUCCGCCUGCCCCCGCAGCAGCCUGUCAACCUUCUCGGUCAGCGCGCUCACCUCGUCGGCCAUCUGCUGCUGCACCCUCGCGCCAGAGGCGUCGAUGGAGCAGGAAGCUGGCGCCACGGAAGCAGGAGGGGGAAGAGGAAGAGGAGGUGGGGAUUCAAGCCAGUCAGUGGGGCUCCUCAGUGGACCGCGCCCCCUAGUGAGGUAG